AUGGCAUCCAAGAAUAAUACAGCACAAGCGACAACAACUGAAAGAUAUGCUGAUAUAAAAAAUGAACGACCAGAAAAAAUAUUAUUACCAAUUGAAGGUUAUCAAGAUAGGCCAAUAGUUUCAUUGGAAGAGGCUGUUAAAUCGAUUGAACAUCUGGUUCCAGGUAUCGAAGUCAAAGUUUAUGUUGCCAAGCAAAAUUGUAAACGACCUUCGGCACCGUUAAAUCAAGAUGAAGCGGCUGCCAUUCAGCUUUACACAAUAGAGUCAAUAAACACUGAACAAAGCCUCUACUUUGUAUUAAAUCAAACAUUACGAUCGGAAAAUCGUCAAAAACUAAAACCAUGGUUCAGCUAUUUGAAAUUACUUCUGACAGCACUUUCGAAACUGCCAACUGUAUCGAAUACAACGGUUUAUCGUGGUGUUAAAACAGAUUUAUCUAAGUCAUACGUUAAGAAUCAGAUUGUCGUUUGGUGGGGUUUUAGUUCCUGCACACAAUCUAUUGGUCAAUCUGAACAAUUUUUGGGUAAAACUGGAAACAGGACUCUCUUCAGUAUUGAAUGUCAAAAUGGUAGAAAUAUUCAAAAUUAUUCAUUCAUUCCAGCUGAAAAUGAGAUUCUACUUUUACCGGCAAUACAUUUACAAGUCGUCAGCUCAUUGACGCCAGCCGUGGGUAUUCAUAUGAUACAACUGAAAGAAGUCAAUGCCCCAUUCCGUUUUUUAGACUUCCCCGUCUCACCUCCUACACCUGAAAAAGCUCCCACAUCUGAAACAAGAAAAGGAAAUGUAAAAGACCCUGAACCAAAAAAAGAGUCAAUAUUAAUGACGAAACCGACACCUGAAAUAAUAGCAACAACAGGUCAAUUUAAAGCAUUCGUCAUUGAUCAAUCGAAACAACCCUUUUCGGAAACCUAUCGAAAUAAACAAUUAGAACAAUUUAUAGAGAAAAAUAAAACAUCCUAUAGCUUUGAUCUAAAAGGUAAACAAUUGAAUGAUGAAGACAUGAAAAUAAUAUCGAAUGAAAUCAAAAUAAAUGGUAAUUGGAGCAAUCUUUCGUUGACUGAUAAUGAAAUAACUGGAGAACAGGUUAGAUAUUUAUGCGAAGCAUUACAAACAAACACAAAAAUAAGCACGCUCACACUGGAUACAAAUAAAUUAUCCGAUACAGGCGCAAGCUUUGUUGCAAAAUUAUUGUUGACAAAUAAGACUCUUACAUCUAUUGCUCUUAAUCAUAAUCACAUAACCGACGAAGGUAUUCUGCAUAUUUCAGAAUCACUGAAAGUAAAUACGUCUUUGCAAUCUCUUUCCCUUUGGAAUAAUCAAAUAACAGAUGAAGGUUUAUCUUCAUUAAUUCAAGUUCUAAAAACAAGUGAUAAUUUUCAAAAUUUAUCCUUCGGUGCUAAUCAAAUUACAGACAAAAGUGUCCAUCUAAUUAUAGAACUGGUGGAAAUUAGUAAUAAAUUGACUGCUUUAAAUUUAAAUGAUAAUCAAAUAUCCAAAGAUGGUGGAGAAAGAAUUAAACAAGCAGCGAAAAAAAACUGGAAUAUCCAACAUAUCUAUGUAUGA